GACCAGAUAGGGGGCGUUGAUAACUGGCCUUGGUGACCCUGAGCCACCGUCUGCCUCCGUCUGUGAUCCCGCUGUGCCACACUGCUCUCCCCUCCCGCCGUCCCAUGCUCUCCAGUCUCGGCACUGUCAGCCGCUCGCAGUAGGGCUGGAUUAGGCAGGUGUUAGUACUUCAGUUCAUCACAAGUGAUGACAAGCAUCCCUGACCAUCUCUGACUGAGCAGAUACUCUGAUCUGAGCCCUUCCUGCCCUGGGUAGCAGUUUGGUGCCUGGGUUUGCUGGGCCUGCAUUUCCAGACAUGCGUGCAGGCUCUGAAAGGCGCCCAGGCAUGGAGCUCGCCUCACUCAACUCUAACUUUCUGCAUUUGUUUAGGGAGCGCUUUCUGAAGACGUGGCCAUGCAGCAUGUCAGCAGCUCCCAGAGCAGCCAACGCCACGUCCAGUGGCCCAGGGCCUGCCCCGGCGUGGGCAAGGAGCCGCCAGCUUGUUCCCAGCUGCCCCCACCCCUCACGCUGCCAUCCCCCGGCUACCAUCUGCAGCCACUGAUGGAUGGGUCAGGACUCACCCAGAUCGCCCAGGGGGCCCAGGUUCAGCUCCAGCACGCGGGCACACCCAUCACGGUCCGAGAGCGGAGACUCUCCCAGCCCCACACACAGUCAGGGGGCACCAUCCACCACCUGGGACCCCAGAGCCCUGCGGCUGCCGGUGGGGCCGGCCUGCAGCCCCUGGCCAGCCCAAGCCACAUCACCACGGCCAACCUGCCACCUCAGAUCAGCAGCAUCAUCCAGGGCCAGCUGGUCCAGCAGCAGCAGGUGCUGCAGGGGCCGCCGCUGCCCCGAUCCCUGGGCUUCGAGAGGACGCCCAGCGUACUGCUGCCUGGGGCUGGGGGCGCAGCGGGGUUUGGGAUGACCUCCCCACCCCCGCCCACCAGCCCUUCCAGGACUGCCGUGCCCCCAGGCCUUUCCAGCCUGCCACUCACGUCUGCGGGGAACAUGGGAGUGAAGAAGGCUCCCAAGAAGUUAGAGGAGAUUCCCCCAGCCUCUCCGGAGAUGGCACAGAUGAGGAAGCAGUGCCUGGACUAUCAUUACCAGGAGAUGCAGGCUCUGAAGGAGGUCUUCAAGGAGUAUUUGAUUGAACUGUUUUUCUUGCAACAUUUUCAAGGGAAUAUGAUGGAUUUCUCAGCUUUCAAGAAGAAACAUUAUGCCCCAUUACAAGCGUAUCUUAGGCAGAAUGAUUUGGACAUUGAAGAAGAGGAGGAGGAGGAGCAGGAGCACUCCAAAGUCAUUGAUGGCGAGGUAAAAGUUGUGGCCAGAAUUCACAGGCAGCCUGGCACUCCUGUGGCGACGGCAAACCAGCUUCCGCCAAGGGCUCCUGCGGCCUUUUCACCCCAGCCGCUGCCGCUCGAGGUACUUCCCAGUGGCCCCACAGUGCAGAUCCCCAGACUUUCCUCACUUGGAUUUGGGGACUCAAUGUUAUGUGGCAGAACCCAGAGCCCCAGGCAGCCGCCUCUGUACUGUCUGUCUCUGUGGACUGGAAUCACUACUCGAGGGCCUCAGGUAAGAGGAAUCAUGGAGCAUUCGUCCCUCUGUGCUGUCGUAUUCAGCAUGGUGUCUUCAGAGUUCAUCCACGCUGGCCCCUGCAGCAGAAUCGCCUUCCUUUGUAAGGCUGAAUGUGUUCCGUGCUGUGGGCAGGCUGCAUGUGCUCCAUCUGUGGGUGGCACUUGGGUUGCUUCCACGCCGGCUGUGGUGAACCGUGCUGCCGUGAAGACGGGCGUACAGAUCUCUUCGGGUUCCUGCUUUCAGUUCUCUGGGGCACAUACCCAGAGUGGGGUAGCUGGGUCACAAAGUGAGUCUGCGUUUAACUUGUUUAGGGAAGUCCGCACCAUUUUCAUAGCAGCUGCACCAUUUUACACCCCACCAGCAAGAAUGAGGUUUCUUUCUCCACAUCCUUGCCAACGUGUGUACAUUUUUUUAUAGUGGCCACCCUUAUAGGUGUGCUGUAUGCUUUAUGAUGCAAUAGAAAAAUAUUACUGAAUACGUGUGUUCGUAUGGCUGAAGACAUUCCGAGUUUCAGUUGGUUAGUCAGCACUGUUGAUGGUUCAGAACUGACUAGUGAGGGGGGAGGCAUUUGAAAGAACAACUUAACUCACAGCAACAAAUGGCACUGGUGACAUAUGCGGAAUCCUAUAGGAAGAGUGUGGAGGGACAGAUGGGCUGCUGGGAGCAGGGUGCAGGCUGUGGGGUGGUGCAGGGUGCUGCGCCUGUGGCCGGCAGCAGACGCAAGGACCCACACGGAAGGCAGGCUGCUCUGCCCACCCUUCCCACGUCACGUUCUUAAUGCAAAUACAUAUGGGGCUUCCUGUACCUGGAGAUGUGAAUUCCAUGAAAAUGGAAGCAUUUAGGAGGCAGUGAACACUGGCUCCCACAGGUAGGUAGCAGUUACCCAGCAUGACGCCAGCUUGCAGACAAAAAGGAAACUGUGCAAGCCUUCUAGCAGUGUAUUUCCCAACGUUUUUCAUUUUGACUAAGUCAACAAAUAUGUGCCGAAUGGCUUCUGUGGGCUCACGGG